AACGACAGCCCCCAAAAGUCCUCCUACUACGAUCGCAACCUCCGACAAGGACCCGCCCUGAUCAGAGCGCGCAAGCCCUACCUCGCAAAGAACCUCGCCGUCGGUGCCGGACUGUGGUGCUUCGUCGGCGCAGUGUAUUGGUACACGAUCAAGGCGGUCGGUCAAGACGAGUUUGAAGAUGUCAAGGUUCCUGACGCCCCGAGGCAGCCAGCAAAGUCCAACUAG